AUGUCCGCAGGCUGUGAGUGCAACGGCUUCUCGCGGCGGUGCUUCUUCGACGCGGCGCUGGAGCGCGCCACGGGCAGGGCGGCGCACUGCCUCGACUGCCAGGGCGACCGCGAGGGUCCCGCCUGCGAGCGCUGCCGGCACGGCUUCUGGGCCCCGGGAGCGCGCGCCGCCUGCAGGCCGUGCCGCUGCCACCCGCUAGGAUCAAAGAGUCAGCAGUGCAAUAGUCAGGGACAGUGUAUAUGCAAGCCUGGAGUAACUGGUAACAAAUGUGAUAAAUGCAGAGACAAUUAUUAUGACCUCUCAAAUGAAGGAUGCAAGCCAUGCAUUUGUAAUGAAGCUGGGAGUGUUGCUAAUAAGUCUACAUGUGACCCAGUCACAGGUUUGUGUAACUGCAAGGAAAAUGUUGAGGGAGAUAAAUGCCACAGGUGUAUAUAUGGAUAUUUCAAUCUUGAUGAAAAGAAUAUAUUUGGCUGCACACCUUGUUUUUGUCAUGGUCAUUCAAUGGAUUGUGAAAGUGCUCAAGGAUAUUCAAAAUCAGUCAUCAAAAGCACUUUUGAAUAUGAUGCAGAAGGCUGGAAAGCAGAGGAUCAUGAUGGGUUUCCUGUAAAGAUAAAAUAUGAUGCAGACAUCCAGGCUAUAGGAAUAAAUGCUUCACAGGGUGAACCAGUAACAUUCAUAGCCCCAGACAGAUUUUUAGGUGACCAGCGAGCAAGCUACAACCAGCUGUUUUCUUUCAAGCUUUGGUUGCUGGAAGAUGGCAAAGACAUGACAUUUGGCGAAAUAAUUAUUGAAGGCGCUGGAAAAAUUCUUAAACAGGUUAUCUAUGGAAACUCAAUUCCUACAUCAGCAGCACCUAAGCAGUAUCAAACGUUUCGUCUUCAUGAACAUCGUGUGUAUGAAUGGCUGCCUCGUUUAUCCUCUCAAGAAUUUAUUCACAUUUUAUCCAAUAUAUCAUCUUUCCAGAUCAAGGGAACUAGCAGCACUAAAGGCACAAUAUUUCUGGACGAUGUGGAACUUGGAACAGCUGUUCAUGGAAUGGGAGACAUCACAGCCAAAUGGGUAGAAAAGUGUGUAUGUCCAAAUGCUUACACUGGUCAGUUUUGUGAAUCAUGUGCCCUUGGCUAUUACUGGGAAACACAUAAUGAGCAUCUGACUGAGUGUGUGCCUUGCAGCUGCAAUGGACAUGCUGAAAUGUGUGAUGAGAAUACUGGACAAUGUAACUGCCAGAACAAUACAGCUGGUCAUAAUUGUGAGUUAUGUGCAAAAGGAUUUUAUGGAAAUGCUUUACAAGGGUCAGCAUUUGAUUGCAUGCCAUGUCCUUGUCCAAAUGGUGGACCCUGUCUUUACAAUGGAAGCAAUAUUGUUUGCCUGGAAUGUCCAGUUGGUUAUACAGGACCUCGCUGUAAUAUCUGUGAAGAUGGGUAUUAUGGAGAUCCUGAUGGCAUUAAUGGACCUGUCAUGCCGUGUCAGCCUUGUGAGUGCAAUGGUAACAUUGAUUUCAAUGUUACUGGGAACUGUAAUGCUACUACUGGAGUAUGCCUGAAAUGCAUUUUCAAUACAGAAGGAGAACAGUGUGAAAGAUGCUCACAAGGUUUUUAUGGUAAUGCCAUAUCUUCCAUCAAAGGAAACUGCACACCAUGCCACUGUAAUAAACUAGGUACUUUACAAAGUCUUACUGAUGAUACCAUAUGUGAUCACUUAACAGGACAGUGCCCAUGUAAACCACAUGUUAUAGGAAGAGACUGUGAUACCUGUGCAGAUGGUUAUUUUAAUAUUAACAGUAGUAAGGUUUGUGAGGCCUGCAAAUGUGAUCCCACAGGUUCUGUCAGUCAAAUAUGUGAUAAAGAUAGUGGACAAUGUACUUGCAGAGAAGGGGUUACAGGUAAACAGUGUGAUGCAUGUGAAAUACACACUUACAAGUUUUCAGAGAAUGGAUGUAAGAAAUGUGAAUGUAAUCCUCUUGGGUCAUCUAGUCCACUGUGUGAUAAUUUGGGGCAAUGCUCAUGCCUUGAGGACGUUGAAGGUCUUAAAUGUGAUCGCUGCAAGGAGAAUAUGUAUGAUUUGAAAAAUGGCUGCUUGGAGUGCCCCCAGUGUUACAGUCUGGUUGAAUCUAAUGUGCGUUCCUUACGUCAAUCUCUGCAAAAUCUCAUGGAGAAUCUAAAUGAAUAUGAAAAGAAUUCACAUUCAGAUAUGAGUGAUCAGUUUGAGACACAGCUCUUGGUUACAAAUAUUUCAUUGGACAUCUUCCAGAAGUAUGCAAUGGGAACCCUGAAAGGUGGAGAGGUUGGUCUGAAACAAAAAAUAAAUGAACUUCAGCAAGACCUUGAUGCUACAGACUUUCUGAAAUCGGUUACCGAAAGUGGUACAGAAAAUAUCAUCAACACAAUACAACAGUGUGUUUCAAACAUAACUCAUGCAGAAGAAAUUAUUCAAGCUGUACUGAAAAUAUUAGAGAACAAUACAGAUUAUCUGGAUGUAAUUGGAUCAAUCUCUCUGAAUGCAGCUCAGACAUUAUCAGCUGCUCUGAAUCAUCAAAAUUACCGAAUUUUUCAUAUCGCUAAAGAAGCAAAAGCAAUGGUUGCCAGACAGCAUGAAGAUUUACAGUUCAUCAUGGACACAGCAUCAGCAAGUGUGAAAGUAGCAUCUGAAGUUAACAGAAUGCCCACUGAAGCUAUAAAUAACCAGUAUGCAUUAAGCAAUGAGAAUGAAAAGCUGAAAGCUGAAACUGAAGUAGCAGUCAGUAAAAUGGAAUUAACAAAAGCUGUAACAGAUGAUUCAGUUGAUAAAGUAAAUGAUGCAUAUAGCACAGCUCUUAAUAAUCAUAUUGAGAUAUCGAGUCUUAAUUUUCCAGAAAUGGAUCUGGUAAAAAUACAGUUAGAUGCUACAACAACAGUUGCACAGGCUUCAGCAAUCAUUAGUGUUGCUAUGGAAAUGUGGGAUGAAAACAGAGAAUUAUAUAAUAGCACAGCUGAAAAUAUUUCAAAAUCAAAUAAUUUGCUGAAACUUGUGGCUGGAAAGCAAACACUGGUUAACAGUAUAUACGAAGAAAUACAGGAAAUUAAUGCCAAUGUUGAUAGUACUAUUGAACUAGCAUCUUCAACAUACAAAGAAGUUGCUGAUGCACACAAAAAUAUUCAAGUUUUUGACAAGAAUGUGCAACAUCACAAGAAAUUAGCUCAUUCUGCAGUACUGAAGAUCCCAAAAAUAAAGCAUACAAUCUUAAAUUCACAGAAGAUGACCACCAACAUCAAGAAUCAUAUAGAAGAAUCUGAACUGCAGACUAAUUAUGCUUUAAAAAUGGCCCAUGAUAUUCAGCACACACAUUCAACAAAAAUUUCAGAGGGAAUUGCAAAAAUUAAUCGAGAAUCGGGUGCUGCCAAAGUGGAAGCAAUAAGACUUUUUGAUGAAGCUUAUGCAUUUUCCAGCCGUGUACGAGCAACUAAAGCUGAUUUAACUGCUAUUGAAUAUGCUGGAAACUCAAACAGAAAUAAAAUUGUACAGGUGAAAGGUGACAUAGACCAAAUGAGAUACGAUCAGGUGGAAACAUUAAAAGUAGCACAGUGGUCUCUGCAACAGAUAAGAUCUAUCACUGAAGAAAUGACUAAGUUUUCUGAAUUAGAUAUUUCUACAAUAGAAAUCCUGGAGAGAAAGUUUGUGAUGGCAGAAAAUGAAUUACUGAACAUCAGAUUAGACGAGAGGAUCAGAGUUCUUAGAGAAGCCAGGCAUGAGCAGAUGCAGUGGAUUCAUUAUUACGAAGAUGAAAUUAUAAAACUCAGGGCUGAAGUAGCACACACAGAACAAGUUGCUAAUGCUCUGCCUAAGGCUUGUGGCUCUCGCCUGCAGCUAGAACCAUAACAGAAAAUACCACAAGAAGGUCUACACAAAAAAGUAGUAAAAUGAGACAGUGGUAACUGAACAGUUCCUCAUGAAACCUGGAAGCUAAUACAGACACCACAUUGAUGUUUUCUGGGAUAACUAAACUAUCUUAUUUACGAUUAGUGUCAGUAGCAUAUAAUAAUAUUGUAUCAAUUGUAGCUACUUGUAUUUGCAGUUGUGGACAGCCAUAUUUCUAUAGAAACACUGUGAACAACACUAAUAUGAUAGUUGUGAACCAACCAUGGUGAGAUACGAAUGUUUAACAGUUGCUGCAAUACUAAUCAAAAUAGCUCUGAAACUUCAGCUAAGCACUAAAUAUAGAUUUUGUUUCCUACAUUGUGUUUAAAAUCUAUGAAAAUAUCUGCUUAAUAUACUUCAAAUACCAAAGAUAUAAUAAAUAUUUGUUUGUUGCUUUUCUAAACAAUAAAACAAUUAAUUUCCCAUUUGUAUCAGAUUAAAAUAUGAACACUAUUGUUAUUUAGUUGUGUAGAAAUGGUCUACAUAUCUUUACAUUCCCUAAGAGAGUCAAACUGAUACUGAAACAAGUUCUACCUGCAAGUCUGCAAUUAAAACAUUACUGAUAACAAUCUUAGUGUUAAUAUACUGUAACUAAUAUCAUCAGAGAAAUUUCAUUGUAAGGUUGUUUUGAAAUAGAAUUUAAAACACCUUGAAGAAUUAAGAAAUAGACAUCGAUAGUAAUACAUUAUUUUUAUGUUGAAUGUAGAGGUGUAAAAGGCAAAGCUUUGAGAGAUAUGUAAUAUUGGUUUACCUUGUUGCAUGCCAUCAUUAAUAAGCUAUGAGCCUACACUGUGAGUAUGGUAUGCCAUUUUUUGUGUGAUGUACACAACUCUGGAAGAAAGAAAAGUGCUCAAUAAACAAUGUACAAGGUGUUUCACAAUUCCUAUUACUGGUUUCUGGGGGCUUUAUACGGAACUUAGUAGAUAAUGGUUUGAUAAGCAACAUACAUCAAGAAAUGUACUGUUUGAUGUAAAAUAAGUUGGAAGAUUUGAUCAGUUUCAAAUUUCCGGCUUCAUGGCACAUACACAGUAGAGAAAAUGGCCAUGAGUGCUCUUGGUGACUCUAUUGUUUGUUGCACAAGGUGUAUCUGCAAUGGAUGCUUUCAGCCACAUGUUCCACAAACACUAAUGCUUGUCCACAGAGCACCACUGUCAACCUUCUUAGUUGCGAGCAUACCAGUUUCUUGCAGCUAUUGAUGUAUUCUGAUGAAAAAGGUAUGUGAUGGACUGAGAGGAACUAGAAAACAUUCUCAAUAUAUGUGUUGUGCAGCUCUCCCAUUACAUACUGUAUUGUGAAGUGAGAAUUUGAUCAAUCUGAUCUUCAAAUUUAUUUUAUAUAAAUGAUACAUUUCUAGGCAUGGAUUUCUUCUUAAAACUUUAUCUACUGACUCCCCUCUACAAUAUUUAGAAAUGUGUGAUAGCAAUUGUGAAAUACAAUGUACAUACAGUUAUCAUCAGCAUUGUAACUAUCAAUCAUAGUACUGCUGGCAUUAGUGAAUGCUCUGUAAAUAUGCUCGGGUUCUAGGUUUUGUACUAUUCAGUGUGUCAUAAAAUAUUUGACCACCAUAUUGACUUUGUUGUAUAAAUUUAUAAUCAAUGAAAUUUUGGUAAGCAUUAAAUAAC